AUGGACGCUGCUGCGAACCGACGGUCAAUGCUGCCCACCAUUCAGACAACACAUCAUGGAGAGCCGCACACCGCAACUAAAAGCUCCGCCCCAGAGCUUCGGAGUGUCUCGACACCAGCGCUGGGUGGCAAGAGGCGUAGUUUCUUAGCAAAGACCUUCCGGAAGGUCAGCAGCAGUUCCUCCUCAACCGACCUUGCGUCCAUGUCUGAGGAGGCCUCGAGCGGCCUCCAAAUGAAGAGUAAACGCGUUCUUCACAAGAACAACGGAUCCGGCGGCUCAAAUUCGUCCUCUAUUUUCUACCGCCUCAACCGACGAGCCUCCAAGGACUCUUCCGCGAGUUCGCACAUGUCCGAGGAGACUCCCAACUAUCUCAGCCCUCAGCCGCCAGCGCCGGUUCCUAUCAAGAUUCUCAAGCACGGAGCCUUGAAGACUGACAGCCGCCUGUGGAAAUCGCGCGCCGAGUAUGUUGUCUUAACUGAUGGGCACCUCAUCAAAUUCAGCAGUGUCGAGUCAGCAAGGGCGAACUUUGCUGAGCUUGCCCCGCCGUCUCAGCGCCUGAAGAGGUCUUCGACGUCUUCCACUUUGAGUCAGGAUGGGUCACACUCUGAUGGUCGGGUCGAAAUUCCAUUGAGUAGGAUCGUCAACAUUUUCAACGAAGAGGGUGUAAGCCCUCACUUUGGAUUGGAUGUUUGGUGGUCCGAGACUUCGCCAAUGGUAUCUUGGGCUUGCACAAAGUUGUUCUUUGGAAUGCCUACUGAGCGAGACGAGUGGAUGUCGGAGAUUCGCCAUGCUAUUCGUGAGUCUGUGGGCUCAGCUGUUGUGCCAAAGGGGCUCAUUGCUCCCAACGUCGAGUCCGCCAUUUACAACAUUGUUGCUACACAAGAGCCCGCGUGCCGAGGCUGCCCAUUGGAUAUCUUCCCAGUCGUUCAACGCACCACCCUCCUCAGUACCAAAGCCGAGAACAUUGAAAAUGCCAAAAAGUCUCGUGACGGAUCAUCGUAUUACUUGCUUCUCGGCCAGAACAAGUGCUAUCUUGUGCGAGUCGCCAGGACUUCCGUAUACAAAGCUCCCCAGGACAUCGAAAUCAACACCGUAGUUUUUGGCUUGACGUCCCUGGUCCGCUUGAAAGCGACUAUGGUCCCUCACGAGGAGCGGUUCGUUCUUGGAUUCCGACUCCCUUGUGAAAACGAGAAACGACUCGAGCUGGCUAGUCGGUGGUACAGAGAGAUCGUCAUGACGUUCAUGAAGGCAGAUCGCGCAGUGAAGCCUGCUUGGCCUCAGCACAUGCAACGGCACAUUUUCGACAUUAGGGGUCUCACCGCUCAGUUGCUCCUUCCAACUGGACAAGACUAUGGUGGACUUAAGCGCACCCUCGAGGCGUAUUGUGCGACGUUCCAGUGCAAGCCUCCCGAAUGGACUGUGAAUUGGAAAUGCGAACGCCGGGAGCACUGCCCAGAAUUUCGACUUCUCCCUGCGAAGGAAGCAGGUGGAUACACGGCACUCCAGCUUUUGGCAGUCUUCAAGGCCCUCCGCUUCAAUGACUACUUCAAGGCUCUGUCGUUCCGUGACGUCGAUUUCUCGCCCCUUUGCGGGCUGACCGAUGUUCCGGGAUGGGACGAGUCCAUAGCUGACAUUUCUCGCGAUGGAUUUGUCAUCGAUCCCAUGCAUCGAGACAUCAUCAAGACUGCCCCACUGUUAUCCCAGGAAAUUCACGCCGUUGCCUUCACCUCUGGUUCUGUCCGUAAGAUAGACUUGACCAACGUUCUGGCAUCGCGGAACAUUGUUGGUGUCUCACGCGCUCGUGCCGGGACCAAGAAGGAUCCCGAGGUCGUUCGUCCUAUCCUUCUUCUGCUCAAAACCCGCAGCACUCCUUGUGAUACUUUGCUGGUUGGUGGGAACCCACUGACGGCAGCUGAAGUUGACGACCUUGUGGGCGUUCUCCAUAUUCCGGAUCUUCUCAAGGAGCUCGACAUUUCUAGAUGCAACCUUGACGAGAGAAGCUUGGAGGAAGUCUGGGACGCUUUACCCUCCCAGGGAUACAAGAUGGAGGCUCUCAAUACUUCUCGCAAUAUUGGACACGUGGAUCACAUGGCCGUGAAGCAGAAUCUGGCUCAUUUCUAUAAUUUGCGAAAACUCGGCAUCGCAGGAAAUUGCCUCACUCAGGCCAAGGAUACCAUCUUCCUCGACGAGACUAUCAUGGGAUGGGGACUUGAGGAGCUGGAUCUCUCACACAUCAACCUCAAUGACGCCACAUUGCAAGUCCUGGGCGACUACUUGAAGUCUUCACAGGCCGACUAUCUCCGCAGGCUUGACCUCAAUAAUUGUGCAAUGACCGGUUCCCAAAUCGCAACUCUCUUCCGCAGCAUGGGUGAAGCAAGAGUGAUUACUUGCUCUAUCAGUGGCAACUAUCUCGAGAACGGCACGGACGAUUUGGUAUCUGCCAUUGUUGACAAUUUCGGGCCGACGUCCCUCUUCAUGGAUAUGGUUGAAUUUCAAAACGAAGACAACUACAUCAAGCUCAUCAACGCGCUCUCAGUCAACAAAUCGAUCCGACUGCUUAGCCUGGUGGGAACUUCAACCCCUGGACAAGUCAGCGAGGACGCCUGCAUGGCCGUGUCAGAGUUCUUUGCCACGAACAAAUCGGUCCAGUACCUCGACUUCUCCGGCUUUUCCGCCAAGCUCGACGAGGGUCAACUCGGCCUGGGCUUCUCGCGCUCUCUCUCCGGACUCGCCGAGAACAAGACGCUGCGUCACCUGCGAAUCCGAAACCAAAAGUUGAACUUGAACAUUGGUGAUCUGGCACAUGCGAUCCAACUCAACCAAACCCUCACGACACUCGACGUACAGGAGAAUAACUUCAAUCUGUCCAACUUAUCCCACAUGGUUAGAUCUCUUGACCACAAUAGCUCUAUCCAGGAGUUUUGCCCGUUCUCGCGGUCUGAGCUCAGCCGGGCUAUCAAGUUCAGCGUCCAGAACGUCGGCAUGCCAACGAGCCAGCCGACUUCGUCUCGAGCCCGCCGCGCGUCCAAGGUCCUUUCAAAGGCCACUUUUGACAACUUUGCAAUGGAAAUGGACAAGAACAAUGCUCUCAUGGAGAACUUGAAGGACGAGUGGAGCGUCAAGACGGCUCAGAUUGAACGUCUUCUCGAGAGAAAUCGGACCUUGAGUUCUGAAAAGGAGAUGGCGAUUAUGCAGUGGGAUCCUCAAGUGGAAGGCCAGGAGGAUUGGAUCGCCCUUGAGCUCGGCACUGUCUUCGGAGGCCUUGCCAUCAAGGCAAUGAAGACCCGACGCAAGAUUAUGCAGCCUGGCUAUCGCGGCAGCGUAUACUUUGGCGCAAAUACUCCGCCUCUGGAGGGGAUGGAAGAGUUUGGUGCCUCGGCAGCUCCUCACCAUGUCACUCGCGAGGAAGUCAUGGAAAGCCCCGCGACAGAGGUUGCCAGCGGGUCCUCCGGUCUUCCGACCCCUCCCGAAUGGGCUCCUGCUGAGAGCCCCGUCAAGGAGUAUUCAAUUGCGUCCAGCGCACCACCGUCUCGCGAUGCACCUCGCAUCAUCGAUGAGAACGCUAAUGAGUUCGAUCUUUCUCUUCUCAAACACAUGAUACAACAUGGAUUCAACCUCGACGAUUCGACGCAAGGCCAGGACCAGGACGUCGGCAGGAAAGCGGGGCCCUCAGUGUCGACCACGAGACUUAGAUGA